AUGGAGAAGGCAGAGUUCACUUGUAUAUCAUGUCGUGUUGUCUUUGACAACCCAGAGGACCAGAGAGUUCAUUAUAAGUCUGAGCUGCACAGGUUCAACUUGAAGAGGAAGGUGUUGGAUCUGCCUCCAGUCAAUCAACAGACGUUCAACUCAAAGGUGGAGGCACUGAAGGUUCAAGAGUCAGCGCCAACCACUGUUAUGUUUGAUUGUAAAGUGUGCGACAAGCAAUUCCAGUCCGAGGGUCCAUACCAACAGCACUUGAUCUCAAAGAAGCACAAGCUAAACGUUGAGAUGGGUGUCCCCGAGAGGACAAGAGAGAGGAAACCAAAGCAACCAAAGCCACAAGAGCCACAGCCACAGACUUUGGAGGAGGCAGAGAAGAUGAUGGAGGAGAAGAUAAAGAAUACACCAAAGCUGCCACUUGAGCAUUGUUUGUUCUGUAGACAUAUCAGUGAUUCAAUCGACACUAACGUCGAUCAUAUGGCAAAGGAGCAUAGUUUCUUCAUACCGGAUGUUGAUUAUUUGGUCGACUUGCCAGGUAUGAUCAGAUUCAUGAGUGACAAGAUUGCAAUUGGAAACAUCUGUCUCUACUGCAGUGGAAAGGGCAAGCAGUUGCACAGCUUGGAGGCUGUCCAGCGACACAUGAUCGAUCUAAGUCACUGCAAGAUGAACUUUGACACCGAGGCCACCUCUGACGAAUACGUCGAGUUCUACGACUUUACAAACAGUUACAAGGAUCGCGCCAACCCAGACGACGAGCUUUCAAAUACUUUGACGGUAACAGACAGCGAGUUGGUCUUGCCGGAUGGAACUGUGAUUGGACACAGAGACUACGCCGUUUACUACAAGCAGAAGUUCCAGGCUGUGCAGAGCAAGAGACAGUCAUCGAUCGCCAGGAUCAUCAACCAGUACAAGACUCUUGGCUGGCACGAGACGACUCGCUCGCCAGCAGAGCUCCAGGGCAGAAUCCUGCAUCGCCAGAACAUCAUGGCGCUCAAGGUCGGAAUGAAGAACAACAACCAGAAGCAUCACGUUCUGCAGUUGCUCAUCAAUUAA